GGGGGGGAGCUUGGCGCUGAGCGUCUGGCGGCUCCUCCGUCCCCUGCCGGUGCUUCGGCUGCCUCGGGGCCUCCCCAGGGGAAAGGCUGAGCCCGCCCUCCCCCUCCCACCGGGGUGGCAGCGAUGGCCGAGCCCCGUCUGGCGGUGCGGAGGAGAAGCUGCCCUGCCUCUGACCGCAAGCGGAGGCGGCCCUCGGGGAAGCCUGGCAACGCCUGCUCGCCGGUGGCUCUCAAGACGCCGAGCUCUGGUGGCGAGGGGCCCCCGACGGAGAUCCCGUGUAGCAAUGACAGUGAAGAGGAUAUGUUCGGUGACUAUGAUGGCUUUUAUGGAAAUGAUUCCUUGCUAGAGCAAGUUGAUGAUACAGAGCACAAAUACCUACAGGAUAAAAAUUUGGCUAUUAAAGCAGCUGGAGGCAUCACACUUGGGAAUCUUCAGUCAGGAGUUCACCAGGAAAACCAAGAUAACUUUUCAACUUUGGAAAAUAUGGUUGCCCUCAAAGCUGAUAAAGAGGAUGCCAUCCAAAUGAAUGAAAAUGAUUCCAUGGACAGCAAUCAGGAGUUGACUGAAUCUAUUUUAGAUGAAUUGCCAUCAUCACAACUUCUGUUUUUAGAGAAGAUGGAUGAAGUUUCUUCUGUCUCUAGAGUAUCUGCAGCCUCAGAAAGGAGGAAUAACUGUAUGAAUUCUUCCUCAGACAAAGUCAGGAGCCUGUCAUCAUGUUGUCCUGAUGCUGACCACAGGAACAGACCUACGACCAUUGCCUCAGACUCCAAAUGUGAUUUAUUUAAAACUGAAAGUCUUAAGGAUCAUCUGAAAAGUGCUAUGACUGGAAAUGCCAAAGCCCAGCUCCUGCAGGUCUCUAGGACCAAGCAGCUUAGAGAAGCUUCUUUGUCUGAAGAGAUCUGUGUUGCCAAGAAAACCAUUGAGUCUUCUUCUGUUGAUAUAGGCCCUUUUUAUGGAUUACCUAGCAAAGUUAAAGAGUUACUAAGACAAUUUCGAGGGAUUGAAACACUUUAUGAAUGGCAGCAUGAUUGCUUAAUGUUAGAAUCUCUACAGCAAAGGAAGAAUUUAAUAUACUCAUUGCCAACCAGUGGUGGGAAAACACUUGUGGCUGAAAUAUUAAUUCUUCAGGAAUUACUCUGCAGGCAGAAGGAUGUUCUGAUGAUCCUGCCAUAUGUUGCUCUUGUCCAAGAAAAGGUUAGGGGCUUAUCAAGUUUUGGGCUAGAGUUGGGUUUCCUGGUUGAAGAAUAUGCUGGGAGUAAAGGAAGAUUUCCACCAAUCAAGAGGAGAUUAAAGAAGUCUCUGUAUAUUGCUACUAUAGAAAAAGGUCAUGCUCUAGUGAAUGCCUUGAUUGAAUCAGAGAGAAUGGGUGACCUGGGUCUGGUUGUAGUAGAUGAGUUGCAUAUGCUUGGUGAGGGAAGUCGUGGAGCAGCAUUGGAAAUGACUCUUGCGAAAAUUCUUUACACUAGUAAAAGCACACAAAUCAUUGGAAUGAGUGCAACUUUGAGCAACAUUGGAGACCUGCAGAAGUUCCUGCAAGCAGAGUACUACACUAAUAAUUUCAGACCGGUAGAAUUAAAGGAAUAUGUAAAGAUAGGAGACACCAUUUAUGAGGUUGACAGCAAGACAGAAGGCUUCACUUUUUCCCGUCUCCUUAAUUUCAAGUAUUCUAGUAAUCUGGAGAAAGCAGAUCCUGACCACAUCAUUGCACUGGUUACUGAAGUUAUUCCUAAAUAUUCCUGCCUAGUCUUUUGCCCCACUAAAAAGAACUGUGAAAAUGUAUCUUUAAUGGUGUCCAAGUACCUGAAGAUAGAAUUCAGAGCUCACAGGGAGAAAGAGAAACAAGAUCUCAUCAAGAACUUAAAGAGUAUUGGAAACGGAAGUGUCUGUCCUGUUCUGAAGCAAACAAUUCCUUUUGGUAUUGCUUAUCACCACAGUGGCCUUACAAAUGAUGAAAGAAAAUCUAUAGAGGAAGCAUAUUCUGCUGGUAUCCUGUGUCUGCUUGCUUGCACAGCUACUUUAGCUGCUGGAGUCAACCUGCCAGCUAGAAGGGUUAUUUUAAGGGCUCCUUAUGUUGCCAGUGACUUCCUGAAGAAGAACCAGUAUAAACAAAUGAUUGGCAGAGCUGGUCGAGCUGGUAUCGACAGUGCUGGAGAAAGUAUUCUCAUAGUGCAAGAAAAAGACAAACACUUGGUUUGGGAUUUAGUUAACAGGCCUUUGGAGAACUGUUACAGCCAUCUUCUGCUGGAGUUGACCAAGGGAAUCCAGAGCCUGUUGUUAUCUCUGGUUGGACUGAAGAUAGCAGUUACCCAUGAGGAAUGCAACAAUUUUCUGUGCAGUACAUUGCUGGGUGUUCAGCAGCAGCUGCUGUCUAAAGAGAAGAGCCUCUCAGAGAUAAUUAAAGAUGGGCUGGAAAACCUGAUGGAAAAAGGACUUCUAAAGGGAAGAGUGUCUGAGAAGGACCACAAUUCCCAAUCUACUUUAACAAUCACACCGUUGGGUAGAGCUACAUAUAAAGGGUCUGUAGACUUGGCAUACUGCAAUCUUCUUUACAGAGAACUGAAGAAAGGUUUGGAAGGGCUGGUUCUGGAGACCAAUCUUCAUCUUCUCUAUCUGGCAACUCCGUAUGAUCUGACUUACAACUGUAGCCCAGACUGGAUGAUAUACUUCAGACAGUUCAACCAGCUAAGUGCAGCAGAGCAAAAAGUAGUAGAUAUUGUGGGAGUGCCUGAAAGCUUUAUUACAAAAAAGGCUUCUGGUCAAGCCAUCAGAAAGAAUGUGGACACUGCUGUGGUAAACAGACUUUACCUGACCUUUGUCUUGUAUGCCCUACUGAAAGAGACAAAUAUAUGGAGUGUUUCAGAGAAAUUUAAUAUGUCCCGAGGAUAUGUACAAAAUCUCCUUAAUUCUGCUGCCUCAUUUGCCUCCUGCGUUCUGCGCUUCUGUGAGGAAUUGGAUGAAUUUUGGGUUUAUAAAGCCUUGUUGACAGAACUCACCAAGCAGUUGACAUACUGUGUUAAGAUGGAACUCAUCCCUCUGAUGGAGGUAGCAGGAGUUCUAGAGGCACGAGCAAAACAGCUUUAUAAUGCAGGGUACAAAACUUUAGCACACUUGGCUAAUGCAGAUCCAGAAACUAUGGUCAAGAUGAUAGAGCACUUGUCACGCCGUCAAGCCAAACAGAUUGUUUCAUCUGCAAAGAUGCUGUUGAGUGAAAAAGCUGAGGCUUUACAGGAAGAAGCUGAAGAACUCUUAAAGGUGCCUACAGAUAUCCCAGGUACCUACUGACCAAUUGUCAUGAAGAAAAAUCAUGAAUUCAAAUACUAAAAUUUUUAAAUUUUUAACUACCCUGUGCAAAACUGCUGUAAUUAUAAUAAAUAUUCAACAUAUUUUGUAUACC